CUGCGCGGCGCGCACCGCCCGUCAGCGCCGGCGGAUGUCGCCGCGCGCCUUACGUCUAUGCAGCGCGGGCUACGUCAUGACCGUCCUACUGCCAAACAUGGCGGAUUUCGACACCAUCUAUGAACUGGACGAAGACGACGAGCGGGUAGUGAGCGACGAGCACCUGCCCAGAUACUGCCCUGAACCGGUGGUUAUGCGGGGGGCCGGCCACAUCACUGUGUUUGGCCUAAGCAACAAAUUUGAUGCAGAAUUCCCUUCUGUUCUCACAGGAAAGGUGGCCCCCGAGGAGUUCAAGGCGAGCAUGGGCCGAGUGAACACGUGCCUGAGGAAGAACCUGCCCGUCAACGUCAAGUGGCUGCUGUGCGGCUGCCUGUGCUGUUGCUGCACUGUGGGCUGCAGCCUCUGGCCCGUCAUCUGCCUCAACAAGAGGACAAGAAGAUCCAUUCAGAAAUUGUUAGAAUGGGAAAACAACCGGUUGUAUCACAAGGUAGAGUUUGUAGGCUGCGUAUAAUCCAUGUGUGUAGUGUUACUAAUCUAUAUGUGUUUGUAAAAGGAGGGGAAAAUGAAAUGCCAUGGUCAUCACUUUAUGUCCAUCUCUUUCCUGUGGUAGGUGGUCUGUGAGAAACCUAUUAGGUUCCUGGCUUUUUUAAGCAAGCUGACAUUUCUGAUUUCUAUUUUUUGAAUAUGAUGACUAAGAUAAAUGUAGGGUUUUGCUGUUAAAAAAAAGUGUAGUAAAACAGCACAUGUUUCGGUUUGAGGAUUGACUCACUUUUACUCUUCAGUUUGUUCUGACUGUGCUCUCUUCCUUAGCUGGGGUUAGGGUUAGUUAAUGGGUUAGGGUUAGUUAAUGGGUUAGGGUUAAUGAGGAUUGACUCACUUUUACUCUUCAGUUUGUUCUGACUGUGCUCUCUUCCUUAGCUGGGGUUAGGGUUAGUUAAUGGGUUAGGGUUAGUUAAUGGGUUAGGGUUAAUGAGGAUUGACUCACUUUUACUCUUCAGUUUGUUCUGACUGUGCUCUCUUCCUUAGCUGGGGUUAGGGUUAGUUAAUGGGUUAGGGUUAGUUAAUGGGUUAGGGUU